UGAUAAUGGUUGUGUCAGUUGAGUUUGUGUUUCACGGACCGACGAUACUAGUAUCUGGCAAGUAAUAGCUCCUGAAACUAGUCGCUUUAUUAAAACACCUUGUGGCAGUAGGUGACAAUGAAGACGAGAUCUUUUUACCCAGUAUUACUGGCACUUUUUGCGUUUGGAACCGUAUUAUGCCAAAACGCAGACGAAUUGCCUAUUGCUGUUGAGACUGAUAACCAGUUUCCUCCAGAAUAUUCCGAGUCGGAUGGUCACAGCGAAGACAGUGUAUCUAUGGCUGCGGAGCAAACUCAACCAACUCUAGGAUCUACACCAACUGACGUACCUGCCAAAGAAGAUGAGCAAGAUAUUGAUGAAGGUAGUGAAACCACAACUGCGGAACCCUCACAAACUACGUUAGAGCCAACAAUAACAGAUACAGCUGCAGAAUCAUCUGACACUACAUCAGAAACUACAAUAGCAGAUGUACCUGCACCAACAAUGUCUAAUGAGGAUGAGCAAGAUACUAAAAUUGAAGACAGUGAAACUACGCUUACAGAAUCUACUCAAACAACGUCAGAGCCCACAGUAGUGGAAGUAGCUGUUCCAGCACUGAUAAGUGAUGAUGAACAAGUUACUAAAAAUGAAGACAGUGAAACUACAACUACAGAAUCUACUCAAACAACGCCUACAAUGUCUACAAUAGCAGAUAUUGGUGCGCCAAAUUUGCCAACUAAUGAUGUGCAAGAUACUACCUAUGAAAAUAGUGCAACCACGGCUGCGCAGCCCACUGAACUAACAUCAGAAUCCUCAAGUGCAGAUGUAGGUACACUAGUGUUGGCUAAUGAUGAUGAGAAUGUUACUAAUAAUGAAGGCAGUGAAACUACGACAGCAGAACCCACCUAUACAACGUCAGGAUCUACAACAUCAGAUGUAGUUGACCCUACAUUGACAGCUAGAAUAGACCAAGUUACCAGUAAUGAAGGCAGUGAAACAACAGUUUUAGGACCCACUGAAUCAACGCCGGAAUCUCCGAAUAUAGUUAUAGAUACUUCAAAAUUAUCAGACGCAGAGUCACCAUGUCCAGAACCAUGUAUAUGUAUUACAGAAGGAGAUUCAAGCGACUACAUAGUAGAUUGUUCGGGUCAUGGCCUUACCGAUUUGCCGGCACCAAUAGACCCUAAAACAACCACUUUAAAAUUACAAAAUAACCAAUUAACAGUAAUACCUAAAGGGAUUUCAGAAUUAAAGCACUUGAAAAAUCUAAAUGCAAACGAUAACUUAAUUUCGGAGUUAGAAUCUGGAUCAGUCAGCGAGCUACCAGAACUAGUAUCACUAAAAUUGGCAAAUAAUCGUUUUCUAGAGUAUCCAAAAGAUUUAGAGAACGCUUUAGAUACACUUGAGGAACUGGACUUGGCCGGCAAUGAAUUCAAAACAACGCCUGAUAUUUUCUUGAAUUUAAAAGCCCUAAGAACAGUCACCUUGCCAGAAAUUUCGUCUGAAUUAGUGUCACAGAUAUGUUCUUCAAUGGAAACAUUAGUAACACUUUGCACAGAAUCUUGUUCAGAACAUUCAUUCGAGUGUAAAGAUACCUCACUUGACGCCACAUUACCCGGUAUGAUUCCAUUUUUCUCUGGAAUUGUUAAGGAGGAUACCAAAAAUUCAGACGAUAUCAUAGCAAACUCAGAAAAAGAAAUUAGCGAUACAUCUCCAGACCUAAGUGCACCUGAGAUAUCAUCUAACUCAAGGAGAAAAGAACCUUUAGAAAUAUCACCGAAGGCUCCCGAGACGCCAUCUGAACCCAGAGACAAUUCGCCUGUCAAUGACUUUUCCCUCCGAACUGCAGUCAAUAAUGCCCCAGAAGAAAAAGUAGCACUGCAGAGUAUAGUAAUAGACGGUUCUAAAGAAUCUCCUAAUAACGAAACCGAUGUGAAGGUUGGCGCAAAAACCACUGAAACAAACCGCGGCGGCGUAGACAAGAGUGUGAUUGCCGUUAUUGUAGCAGGUAUGGUAAUAAUAGUAGCUGUUAUAGCAAUAAAGAAAAAUUGGGGUUCUAUAAGAAAAAGAUUUAGUUCAACACCAAGGGCUAGUGACAGAUCAGAUAGAAAUGCGAAUGGAACAACUGUUCUGCCUGAAGAAGUUCCCCUGCAGGACAAAUCGCCUGUUUAGUAUAUCUGUAAAAUAUUUAUUUUUACCACUCUUUGGAUAAAGUUUGAAGUGAAUUGUUCCGAUCUGAA